AUAACCCUUCGCGGAAAACAUAAAUCCCCCAUAAAAUAAUUGGCUAUUUUAUAUUUUUAAACUCCAUUUUUUUUUAUGCCCGCCAUGGCUUUCGCCCUUCGCGGCUUCGCAGCAACAGAACAUAACCCUAAUCCGAAUUCCAGCUCUUGCGAGAUGGCCGGAAAGCGAUACAUUACCGAUCUCGGAGGCGGCAGCGAAGUUGUCUUCGUUCCGAGAUUCUUGCCGUCGGAGCGAGCUUGGGCUUGGUUCGACUAUCUCGACAAGGAGAUCCCGUGGACGAGGCCAUUGAUCCACGUCUUUGGAAGGUCUUGCCUCCAGCCUAGAGACACAUGCUAUGUUGCAAGUGAAGGUCUUACUAAUUUAAAAUACAGUGGUUAUCAGCCACAUGCAUACACCUGGGAUGAGUACCCUGUGCUUAGAGACAUCUUGGAAGCCGUUCAUGAAGCACUUCCUGGAAGUAGAUUUAAUAGUCUGCUACUGAAUCGGUAUAAAUGCGGCACAGAUUAUGUAGCUUGGCAUUCUGAUGACGAGAAAUUGUAUGGAUCCACUCCAGAAAUCGCUUCUGUUUCUUUUGGAUGUGAAAGAGAAUUCCUUUUAAAGAAGAAACCAGUCAAGAAAGGAGGGGGAAGAAAUGACCGAUUAAACGUAGUUGUUGACGACCAUUUUGGGCUAGACAAGGACGAGAGAUACGUCUUGUUCAAUCGAUCGACGGAACGUGACAGGAGAUUUCCGGCAGGGUGGUGAUCUGUACUCAAGAAGAUGAUGAGAGAUGCGUCUUGUUAUAAACAUACCAGAAAAUUGACAAACUCUUAUCAAUCAAAUCAGCCCUCUGAUCUUAUUUUAUGUGAAUAACUCUGUAAUUACUAAAAAUUUCAUCUGAAAAGUUAAUGAUGAGAGACUAAUAUGUACUUUUGUAAUGUUGUGACCUAUGCCUAUAA